AGGAAGCUGUCCUCUCUUCCGUUCCACUAGCUAAGGUUUGUGCUGUUCCUAUUUCUUUGGGCCACAGACAAGGAAUCCACAGCAUUCCCGUCUCCCUGAGAGUUGGCGGCUUCUGUUCCAGAAGCUUCUAUGGACAACGGCAGAGUCUGAGGCUUCUGCUCCUGGCGGCCCUCUACCUGGUGGCUGUGGUUUCCCAGCACUUGUCAUUAGUCCUCAUUUAGCUUCACAUCCUUGAGGUUGACUGGAGCCAGCCGCCGGCGCCCCCUGCUGGCGAGAGGACUGGAUCAAGUUGGCCAGGUUCAUCCCCACUGUGUCCACAGCCCCGCCUGUGUCCUGCCUUCUGCUCCCUGCUCUAGGGUGGGACCUUGAAGAGUCCAGUGUUCUCACAGGAAUCAAAGCUGGACUCCCAUUCGAGGACCAACAGGCCUACAGUUAAUUCCUGGUGUGAUGAGAAGGUGGGGUUUGCUGUCCUGGAUCAGAAAAGCGAGUCCGCCAGGGAGGGCCCUGACUCUUCAUCAGCGACCAGAGGGAUGGCAGCCUUACAUCCGGGGGAUAAGAAGAGGGUCCUUCCCUCCUGGAUGGCAGCCCCGGGGCCUGAGAAGAGAAUGUGGCCGGUGACGACCCCGAAGAGGAAGAGGAGGAGGACGGCCGCGGUGCCGGCGGCUGCGGCCAGACUCCCCGCAGUGAAGACUGUGUACUGCAUGAGUGAAGCCGAACUUGUCGAUGUUGCUCUGGGGGUCCUGAUUGAGAACCGACAACAGGAAAAGGCCUUGGAGCAGCGGCCCCUGGCAGGCACUGCUGAGCCAGAGCUGUCCCCCAGCUGCUCGGAGGGGCCGGCUUCUCCCGAGGGAAGUGAGGGUGAGGACAGUGGGGAAGCCGCCCUCCCCCCAGGCCUGGGGCGGCCGCAGGGGUCUGCAGGCUUGGAGCCUGCCUGCAGCAGCAGCCCUGAGGAAGAUGAGGAUGCGUUCAAGUACGUCAGGGAGAUAUUCUUCAGCUAAGGGACAGGUUCCCAGGACGCUGCGGCCGGAACAGCUACCGGACGCUGGGCUUUGGCUCUGCCUGGGGACUGCGCCCAGCUCCAUACCGUUGGGUGGAGCCAGAAGCCCUGACACUCGGCCUUGGGAAGUGAGGGAUCCACAUGAACUGCCAUCAGAAUUCCUCUCUGCAUUGUCCUCCCCGGCACAGGGGUCUGCAGUCCCCAUGUCUGUGUAUUCAGUGACCAGGCUCCAGGGAAAAUGAGGUCACAGUGUCAGACUUAUUGGCACCAAGGAAUCAUUUAAUAACUUUCAAACAGAAAAAAGGAUGGCUGCUAAGUACACCAGAAUUGUCCAGUUUAGGCAGCACCCUCAGAGGCAGCCAGGCAAUCCCUGAGCCGCUCUCUCAGCGCUGAAGACGUUUUGCCCACCGUGCUCUGCUCUGUCUGGGAGCUUAGCGCUCCCGGGGUACCUGUGGUCCAAGCCUUCUACCCAUCAGACAGGCGGCCGCUCCUGAGCUGCCCCCUUCCUUCUACUUGGCGGCCUUGGCCUGGAUCCCUGGCCAGUCUGAAAGUGCGAGUGGGACAGGCUCCCAAAGUGGACGCUAAGGACAGGAGGUCAGGGCCGAGCCCACAUUGCCUCUGUAGUCAGUGUGGCUUUUGGCACGCAGAGUGAGGCAACCAUUGUUAUACAGUUUUUCAAUAUACAGUGCUGAGAAGUACAAUUCCCCCUGCACAAGUGGUGCUUGUAUCCUUUCUAGGUUUAGCUUGAGCAGUGAAGGGACGCAGCGUUUGUGGAACCAUUCAGUCCUGUUCACUCUCCCCGCCCCCCCAGGAUUCGGCAAGCUGUGCUCCCGGACUCCCAGGUCCCAUGUUAGGAAUGGCGUGCCAACUCACUCCCCUGCUGUCCGGCUUGGAGUCCAGCAGCCCAGGGGAACUGGAGGGACUCCCUCUGAGAUCUCCCCUGUGCCUUUGGGAGUGGUGUCAUGGGGAAGCUUGCUAACCAGGGCCCCCAGGUGCUCUCAGUGUUCCCCAUUUGUCGCCAUGAACCUUCCCUGGGUCUGUUUGGCCUUUGGCCAAUCAUCCUGGAAAUCUGGCCCUGGGACAGGAACCCUUCUCUGGCCACCAUCCUGAGAAUGAAGUAAGAUGGUUUGCUCAGAUCGGUCAAUUAAAGCAGGAAUUCUCAUGACAAGGAGCUACGUGGUGUUAGCAGUCCCAGAGGACAGACAAGCCAACACUAAGAAGCCAGGGCCCAGUCACCCUCACAGCCCCGGCCUCCUUUAUGCUGGUGCCCCUUCCUCAGUGGGGCCCAUCUGCUCAAGCUUGAGAUCAGUAUUAGCUAUGAAGCAGGGUGGCUGCGAAAACAGCCCACGAGGCCUCUGGCGCCUGUCUGAGCCUCCUUCAGCAGCCCGGGAGCCUCUGGACAGGGCUAGCAGCUCUCCAGCUUGCUCUUGUCAUCAGCCCUUUGGGGGAACAUGACUGUGGCCAUCAGCAAGAGGACGAGCAAGGCCUGGGCAGUGGCCAGAGCUAGGAAUCCAGGCCCCAGGAGGGAGGGCGUGACCCACUUCCAGGUGUAGGUGAGGAAGAGGCCCAGGCCCCCGGCCAGCAGCGUGGAGGCCAUCGCCAGGAAGCACACGGCCAGAUGCCACUCGCCCUCGCUCCUGUUGCAGCGGGCCAGGAGCAGAGGCAUUGGGACAAAGAGGGUGAGCACCAGGGCCCCGUACACGCCGAGCCUGGCCAGGGCCAGGGCGCCCUGAGGCAGCCCAAGGGCCUCCAGCUCAGGGAGCUGGUGGCACUGCAGGCGGCCCGCGCUCUCGUUCCACAGGCAGAAGUUGUAGAAGCCGAUUCUCAGGUUGGGCAGGUUGAUGAGGUCACCCGCCUUCCAGAGGAGAGCGUAGAACAGCAGGCAGAGGGCCAGGACCGCGAGGACCAUGAUGCCCAGGAACAGCAGCUGGUCGCCCCGCCUGGGUCUGGGGAGGCUCAUCGUCUCUUGUUCUCAGCAGGGCCACCCUCCUGGGAACCUGAGGGAAGUCACAUCAGUGAGUGUCCAGCUCUCCCCUCUCCCUCCCAGUUUCUUCACCAGCUCAUGCUCUCCCUUCUGGAAUUCCAUAGAAACCUGCGGCAAACUCCCACCCUCUCCCACUCCACCGCCUCCAAGAAAUGUGAGGGGACUCGUCGCCAGGACAGGCUCUCCAGGCAGCUCAGUGCCUCAGACAUCAGCGUGCACCACAAGCCCCUGAAGACACUGAGGUUUCUCAGACCCCUUGCCUGGGGCGAGGGGCAAGGCUGUUAUUGGGGCUUGAAGGAAGAGGCAGAAGCUGAGGGUCCUGGUGACCCCUGGGACCAGAAGGGAGCUGUAAGGAUGACCAUCACUGGGCCGCGAGCCAGUUACCUCACAACUGGGGUUGGGGCAGGCGCUGGUGUUCUGGCAGCUCUGCUGCUCCUGGCUGAGCGGGCGAGGACACCAGAGUCCCUCCUGCUCCGGGAACACGUUCCUGGGCUAAGACGAGAUGCCGCCUGGUGAUGAAAUCACAUCAUUUUAGAACAACUACAGUAUUUUUUUUUCCUGACAACACUAAUAUACGUUGAUUUUUUUGAAACUUUGAAAAAUAUUUAAAAGGAAAAUAUAUAAAAACAACCUUUUUCCCAUCACAUACGGUAGAACCACUUUUAACCAACCAAUAUUCAGUAUUUGUAAAUAAUACCAUUAAGCACAAUGCUUUUCUUACUGAAUAUUAGACACAUUUUUCAAAGCUGUUUAAUAUUCUUCAAAAACAUAGUCAAUGGCUGUAUGGUAGGUCACGUCACAGAUUUACCCAUUACACUAUUAUUGGACAAAAAGUUUUCAUUUUUCACCAUUAUAAUCGAUAGUCAAGGUAAGUGCUAACUAUGUAACAGUGCAAUUAUUAUGUCAAGGGGAGAAUCCUUUUUAGUGAUUUUAUUGCAUAUUGCCAAACUGACCUACAAAAAACUUGCCUCACCCUCCCCACCAUUUUUGAAAAAAUCCUUUCACUACAUUUUAAAUCAGUAGAACUUUUCCCAAUCGGCAUCUAAAAUAGUCUGCCCUCUGUAUAUAAUUGUUCCAAUACGGGACAAAACAGCCCUUCACACAGUGAAGUGCCCAGGAACCAGUGCUGGAAGCCAGACAGACAGGAUGCUGAAGCUAGAAUCCUGUCGGUCCCCCAGCCAGGAGAGCCAGGUGGCAUUCAGCAGUGAAGUGAGUGGUGGCCAUUGGUGGCCCUGGGGAGAGGCCCCGGGACACAGGCCUGGAGAUGAGCUUCUGAAGGGACCCUCCGGGAGUAGUCCCUCUGCUAGAGUGGACUGGAGCGUCCUGCCCACACCCCACAUCUGCUCUGCAAGAGCUGAAGGAGCAAAUGGAAAAGAACAGUCUGAAGGGACAGGAUGUGGAACAGGCAGGAGAGGCGGCGUCUUGGUCCCUACGGCCGCUGUAACAAAUGCCAUAGAAACAUUCCUCACAGUUCUGGAGGCUGGUUGUCCCAGCACAGGUGCCUGCAGACUCCGCGUCUGGUGCAGCCCACUUCCUGCUUCAGCGAUGACACCUCUGUGUCCUCGUGGUGAAGGGCAAGGGAGCUAGCUUUCUGGGGCCUUUUUAUAACAAGCCCGUUCCUGAGGGCUCCACCCUCAUGACCUAAUCCUCUCCCUAAGGCUCCACCCAAUAUCACGAUGGAGAUCAGGUUUCAACAUAUGGGGGCGGGGAGGGGGCGGGCACAAACAUUCAGUCUGGCAGGUGGCUCCAUUCAAAGGACCUGAGUGAAUGCAAAUAAUGAGAAUAAAGAUUUA